UGGAUAAUAUUUACCGAGGAAAGAACUUAGAGGCGGGUGUCGUCUGUCAUUUAUGGUAGUAUCAGCAUAGAAGACGUAUCAAAGAGCAAAAUGCGUAGGAUAAUAGGAGUAGCGCUGUUUUCGGUGAUAGCUUUAAGCAUAGUUCCCACGUCAGAAGCCAACCGCUGUGCUGGAAGGCCUGACGGUUUCUUUAUUAACGACUAUACUGCAUGUGAAGGCUUUUUCACGUGUAUCCGCGAGACCCCAGUGCCAGGACGUUGUCCAGAAGGAUUCUAUUUCAACGAGAAUAGUCAACUGUGUGACCAUCCAUGGAAUGUCAUAUGCCUGCUUUGUGUUCGCGAGGAAACGGAAACGGAAACUGAACCAGAUACAAAUAACGUAGUUACGGAGUUUUUCCCGAUUGAAAAUGAAUGCCGCAUGUACACGCUCUGUGUCGACGGCGUUGGUUUCCUGAGAGAGUGUUCGCCGGGUUUGAUGUUCGAUCGGGAAGCUCAACGGUGUGAUCUGGAGGCGAAUGUACAGUGCGUUGAAAGUCUUUGCCCGAACAGUGUCAACCCAGCGGUAGCAUCUAUGGUACCGGAUCCAACGGAUUGCUCUCAGUACUUCAUUUGCUUCAACAGGGUUCCGAAUGGACCACAUUCGUGCAACACUGGUCUCCUGUUCGACCCGAUCACCAGGCGGUGCGACUUAGAGGAAAAUGUCGAGUGUGAGGUUGUCACGGAACCACCAACGCUUACCGAUUGUCCGGCCUCGGGUCUGCACUACAUUCCAGUGGAAGGCGAAUGUUCGAACUUCUUCAUUUGUCUGGACGGUGACAAAAUCGGCGAAGAAGUCUGUGCCGAUGGACUUAUCUUCGAUGUCAACCUGAGAAACUGCCGACCACGAACCGAUGAAGGCUCGCAGUGUAUUACCGAUCCGCCAGCCGAAGUAGCUGCGAGGCUCUUUUUGGGGUACAAUUGAAGUAUUCCUUACUUAGGUAUAUGGUGAAGCCAACAAGCAUCGAAUAAAUUAGUACAAUUAUUAUUCUUUCUUUGUAAUGUUACAAAAAUCCAGUAUAAAUAAAUAUUAUUACAAUAUUAUGUUCAAAACGUA